UGACUCGAGACCAUAGGUUGCAUCUGGGAGAGGAGGGAGAGAGGGCUGCCCUGAAGGGAUUGACACAAGAAGGAUUUACUCUUUAAAUUGUGUUGUAUUCAGUAUGGCUACAUGCAUGUUUUACACUAUCAAAAGCCGCUUGAUAUAAACAGUAUUGCUAGAUUGUGUCAAUGUAUCAGUGUGGUAAAGAAGAACCAGACAUAUUUUCCGAGGGAAACCAAUACAAUGAUCGUCAGUGUCUAACAGGAGUGGAGUAUUAUUAGCGAUUCAGACAGUGCAACUGUCUCUGGUACUUGUACGGCUUUUUCAACAUGGUGGGAAAAUAACUCAGAAUUAUGGUGUCUAAAAAAAAUUAAGAAGAGACAGAAAAAAGUGAAAGUUGGAGCAGGGCUAACAACCAUUCACCUGGUUCCCAUGCCGACUGCCCCAUCUCCGCCCUCUCAUAUCAUCCACUAUGCCUCCUACCCCCAAACCCCCUAAGAGACAACCCCCACCACUGACAAGGAAUGGCCGCAAGGUGAUACCCACAACAACCGCCACCUCCACCGCCAAGAGACUGAACUCCAGCAAGCCCAGAGGAAAAGCCUUUGAGAGUCCACAGUCAACUUUAGAGCCACCCCGAAGAUCCACAACCAGGACCCAGGCCCAGCUGGCCAGAAGCCCAGGGAGGAGUGCGGUUGGCAGGCUUGGCGGUCAGAGUCCGGGGGCAUCCCCUGUUAGGGUUAACCAUGCCCCUGUGUGUAUAACAGGAUCAGUGAGGCUAAGGAGCUGGGAUAAUCCUCUGCUCCAGCAUGGUGUGGGAGAGGACCCCCCUGGGCGCAGGAUAUCCUUAAGGGGCAUGGGGGGCGCCAAGCAGUUUCCUCCCCUGGCAAUAAAGCCUAGAACAGGAGGGAAGACAGCAAGGGGGAGGGGGGUGAGGGGAGGGAGGGGAGCGGUGGGUCAGAGAGGGAGCAAGAGCGGGAUUGAUCAAGGAUCUGAGGAGUCUGACACUGUUAGUAUAGACCCAAGUGAGAUUAACCAAGGGAAUAAUGUAGUUGGCCAUGUUGGUAAGGGCAAACCUCCUAACCUGAGGACUGAACUUGAUGUAACUACCUGUGUUGACCAGCAGGAGCUGGGAGUCGGCCAUGCUAGUGAGUGCAAACCUCGUAGCCUGAGGACUGAUUAUUCGGCUAGUGAUGACAAACAGGAAGAGUUAGUUGCCCAUAAUGGUGAAACGUUUGGGACUGACUCACACGAUAAGCCUGUCAGCCAUAGUGGUGAGGGCAACCACUAUGAGCUCGAUGAGCCCACCAGUGUUGAACAACAACAGGAAAAGCUAAUCAACAAUAUUGCUGAGGGCAAUUCUUUCAACCUGAGCCAUGAGCUUGGUGACUCUACCAGUGAUGACAGGCAGGAAGAGUCAGUUGGCCCUAAAUGUGAAGACAACGCCAAGAUAAACCUCGGAGCUGUGCAGAUUGAGAUGGAGCAAAGAGAGAGAGCUACCCAUGCAGGAGAGCAGAGAGGAGGGGAGAGGUUGGAGAAGGAAGGAGAGGAAACAGUGAAGCAGGAAGAUGAGAGAGAUGAAGAAAAGAAGGAAGCAGACGGUAAGCAGAGAGUGGAGAGAGUCAAGGUGAAUGAGACGGAGGAAAGAAAAGAGAAAAAUGAGAGACAGAAGGAGGGAGAGGUUAUCAGCAGACCUUCAGACACAAGCACCAUUAUGUCUGUCGCUCAGCCCCAAAAGCCUAUUCCGCAGGAUGACGCGUUGAUGAUGCAAUCACCUGUCCAUGCCUCACCUGUCUCUGAACCAGCUACCUCAGAUCUGGCAUCACCCCCUCUCCUUCAUCUGCCCUCUCCGCCUCACCCCACAGUGUCACAUGGUAUGAAGGUUCUGAACCAAGGUGUUAAACCAAUCCAACCUACCCAAACUGUUGAAAUCCAUAAACCUUUAAAAGGCCCAACUACUUGCCAUGAGACAUCACAGGCGAGCCCAAUGCAUCCAGUAUCACUAAGUCUCUCAGUUUCCUUCCUUAGUGAACCCCACAAGGCCCUGUGUGUAAUCCCAGCGAAACCAAUACCCAGUCAGAGCCUAGAGAUCCCUAUCUCUCUGGAGGCUAGACAACUUCUCAGACCAGUGGACGAAGAGACCAAAGAGUCAUCCAAUCACAGUAACACAAAAUAUAUGUCAUCUUCAUCAUCUGCAUCAUCUUCGUCACACCUGAACACGAACGCGGAGGUUCCCACCACUCUGUCUCAAUCAAACACCGACGUUAAUAUCACUGUGUCUGUACCAGACCUAAGUCCAGUGCCAAAGAACUACAACAACAACCCAGAAGAGCCACCAUCAUCAUCAUCACUCCCAUACACAAAGAUAGACCUCUUCAACACUGGAUCUGCACCAGACAAAGACACCGUGUGUGUCUCUGUAUCUGACCUAGGUUCUGUUCCAAAGACUCACAACAAGAACAACCAAGACGAGCCACCACCAUCACUUCCAUACACAAACACUGGAUCUGAACCAAACACAGACAUUGCAUCGGUCUCUGUAUCUGAUCUGGGUUCAGUGCCAAAGACCUCCUCGAUCCCUAACCAGGAGAGUUCUACCUCCAAGUUCUCCUGCAGCUCGGAGAGCACCCAAUCCUCCUACUCCUUCGACACAGAGUCAGAGCAAGGCUAUGGGGCCCCUAGCCCCCCUGGACACCCUAGCAUGGGCCCGAGACCCCUGGAGGAGGGCACAUCUCUACCCCGACCCCCACGAGUCAACCAGAGGAGGGAGAGGAAAAAGAGGAGUAGUUGUGGAGGGUGUGAGCCGUGCCUGAGGAAGAUCAACUGUGGCCAGUGUAGCUGCUGUCUGAACCGCAGGACUGGACACCAGAUCUGUAAGCUGAGGAAGUGUAUGGAGCUGAGGAAGAGGAGGCCCAUGUCACUGCUCACACUAACAUCUGCUCAGGUGGCGUGCAAGGACGUGGCCAAAGGAGCGUUAAAGAAACCAGUUUCCACGGUUGUUCCAGAGGGUGUCGCAAUAAAUGGCAGAAGCCCUGUCCAGAUGGUAGAGGAAACCUAUACGGCAGAGGAGGAGGAGGGUCACAUACCUCCCACACACCCCCAGACACAUCCUCACACACACCCUCCCCACGCCCACACUCUCACCCCAAUCCUAGAUGGCCGACCAGCAGUACUUAUCAAGAGAGAGCCUGGCCUGGAGGACACCAACGAUGCACUUCUUCUGCAACACCACUACUCUUCAUCUGGGACUUUUCACAAUGGUGCUGACGAAAACUUGUCUAAAACCAACGGUGCUCCAGUGUCACCAGAUUCCCAAAAAACUACAAGACAAUUAGAGUCCCAAAGGACUACAAAAACCACAUACCCCAAAGGCAGCUCUGAGCCCAAUGAUGCACUUCCGGAUGACACCAUGGCCAUUCCUCUGAAGAAGAUCAAGUUGGAGGAGCCGUGGGUGUGGUCUACGGACCAGUCCUCCACCCUACUAGGGGGCAAUGAUGACGAUGUCUAUGUGGACGCUCUGUCCACACUAGCAGCAGUUGUGUGUUUCUCUAUCACAGACAGGAAGGGACUGGAGGACAAGCUGUUUAGCUCCCGUUCCCCGGUGCUACACUCGUUAAAAACAGAGCCGGAGGACUUUAAGGUAGACCUUCUCCUGAAAAGCACUUCCAUCAGUCCACGGAAAGCUCUUGACAUUAUUGUCAAACGAGAGCAACCCUCUCCAGAUAUCUCUCUGCCAAGCAUCCAGUCGUUGGUGCAAGAGAGGAAUAUUAGCAGUGACCAAGCUAUCGCUAUCGAGGCGCUAACCUUACUGGCAUCUAUCCCCCAAAACCUCCCCGAACCCUUUAGAAUGGACGCACAUGGUCAAAACCCCACCACACCUUCCAUGCACUUAUCCAGUAGAAACACCUCUCUCCAGGAUGUCAAACCCCCUACAGGUUUCCUCCCCAACAAAGUUCUAGUCAUCAGCUCCCCUCUGCACCAGACCUCAGUCAUACGCUCCCCUCUGCACCAGACCUCAGUCAUCAGGUCCCCGGUGGCCAGACAGAGUCUUGUCAUCCAGUGUCAUUCCCGUAGUCCCGCAGCCACUGGCAAGCUGUCCCUACAGAACCUGCUAGAUGCCAGCUCGGACUGUGGCAGACUUCCCUACGACAGCACCGAGAGAGCAGGACAACACCUGUACAGCAGAGCAGAAGACCUUGGUUCUCACCAUAACAGGUCCGAAGGCACUUUCAGAGAGCGGAAAGACAUGGAGAGGAAUAGUAAGGAAACAACAGAGAGGACGGUGGGUAAGAGCGGGAGGAACAGGGAUGAGGAAGAGGUGGCGGCUCAACUGGCCGAGUUGGCAUUCAUCAUCCAAUCACGUCACAAACAGCAGGGUUUCCAACCCUCCCAGCACUCUGAGAACAACCCUCCCAGAGGAACGCCAGUCUCGGCCAUCAAGUACAACUACAAUUCCCAGCAUGCACCACCCAACAACAAGAAAAUCCCUGUGAGGAAACCAAGGUCCACGCCUUACAAACCUAGGAAGAAGAAGGGGAUGGAGGGGGUUGAAGACCCCAGUGGCAAGACCCCCCACAGAGCCAGGGUCCAGAAGGUUCUGCCCCAACCAAAGACAUUGUCGCUCAGCCACAAGAGGAGCCUGUUCCUGCCUCAGACUCAAAUGGAUCUAAAGAGAUACCUGGCUGAGGCUCAGGAGGAACAACGGCAGCUCUUUUACUACAGCAACAGCCACAGUGGGGUCAAAUACCACAAAACCUCUGGAGCCAUCGAUCGUGGUCAAGGUUAUGGUCAUGACAACCAACAGUGGUCGCAUUUGAACGGUCACCACAAUGGUCCUCUGAACGGUCACCUGGACCCUUUACAAGGACAAGGAGUUGGACAGGGACAUGAGUGUGAAAGACAAUUGUAUUCUCAGGUAUCGCCGCCCUACGUUUGGCAGCAGCACGGUGCUAACCUAAAGGCUAGCUCCACCAACCCCAGUUUUACCAGUUUAGACUCUAACAACCACAGAACCGGGUUGAACCAUAGUUUACCCAACGGCUACUCCUCUGGGGGUCAACGGCAGGGGUAUUACAAGGUGGAAAGGUCCGGUCCGGUCACCAUCUUGUCCACGUCAACUGACGGCGCUUUGGACCUAUCAGAGGAGUUGACGCCAACCAAACACAACGUAAACAGCUUCCUGGAAUCGCCCCUCAUAUUCCUGGACACGCCCACUAAGAACCUGCUCAACACCCCCUCCAAGAAACUCUCUGAGAUCCCCUCCUGUGGCUGCAUGGAGCAUAUCAUAGAGAAGGAGGAGGGUCCGUACUACACUCAUCUUGGUGCUGGACCCAGUGUGUCAGCCGUCAGAGAGAUGAUGGAGAACAGGUAUGGAGAGAAAGGGAAGGCAGUAAGGCUGGAGGUGGUGGUGUACACUGGGAAAGAAGGACGCAGUUCCCAGGGUUGUCCCAUCGCCAAGUGGGUGAUCCGUCGGGGCAGUGAGGAGGAGAAGCUGCUGUGUCUGGUGAGACACCGGGCAGGGCACCGCUGUGAGAGUGCCGUGGUGGUGAUCCUCAUCCUGGCAUGGGAGGGCAUCCCCCGGGGGGUGGCAGACAGUCUGUACCAAGAACUCACCCAGACCCUCUGUAAAUACGGCUCGCCCACCAGUCGACGCUGCGCCCUCAACGAGGAUCGGACGUGUGCGUGCCAGGGUUUGGACCCAGACUCUUGUGGCGCCUCGUUCUCCUUCGGCUGCUCCUGGAGUAUGUACUUCAACGGCUGCAAGUUCGCCCGCAGCAAGAUCCCCAGAAAGUACCGCCUGCUGGGAGACAUGCCACAGGAGGAGGAGAAGCUGGAGAAUCGGCUGCAGAACCUGGCUACAGACCUGGGUCCUGUCUACCAGAGACUGGCCCCGGAGGCUUUCCAAAACCAGGUGGAUCAGGAGCAGGCGGGCCAGGACUGCAGGCUGGGUCGGAGGCCGGGCCGACCUUUCUCCGGGGUCACGGCGUGUGUGGAUUUCUGUGCCCACGCUCACAAAGACACACACAACAUGAACAAUGGCAGCACUGUGGUUUGCACUUUAACCAAGGAGGACAACCGUGCGGUGCGUAACGUCCCUGAGGACGAACAGCUCCACGUCUUGCCCCUUUAUAAGAUCUCACAGAGGGAUGAGUUUGGCAGUGCCGAUGGCCAGUGGGCCAAGAUCCAGACUGGGGCCCUGCAGGUGCUCUCAGCCUUCCCCAGAGAGGUGCGUCUGCUGGCUGAGCCGGUGAAAUCAGCCCGUAAGAGGAAGCAGGAGGCCAAGCUGAAGGCCCAGGCUGACAAACAAGCUGCAGCUCAGAACAGGAAGCCUGGACAAAGUCCACUAACCCCGGGCAAGGUUAAGACUGCCAAUAAAGGUUUGAAAAGUGCUUCUUCAGCAGAUCAGUCCCCCUUGUUCAAAAGAGAGCCUCAGUCCUUCAGCUCUUACAGACCAGGAAAUGUAGGUGCGUAUGUACCAGACUCUAACUCCCCUAGCGCUUACAACCACAGCACCCCCACCUACCCCACACCUCCUGGAAGAUCCACACCAGGGAUGGAGGAUCUUUCCCCCCAUCACCCCGGCCUGCCUACCCCCCAGUACAGAGGGCCACCAGGGACCCAGAGCAAUGGUUCCCCAUUCCAUUACAAGACAAUGGAGGAGGCUGUGGCUGUGAAUGGUUACUCCCCAGGACUCAGCAGAAAGCAGCUGGUGGACCCUGAGACGUGUCGGACCCCCCCAGGAAUGCCCCGGGGUGGCGACUACCCCACCAGGAUUUUUAAAACAGAGCCCAAUGAGGUGCACUGCUCCCCUCUCCUCAGACCCCCUCACAGCCACAGCACUCCUCCUCCCUCAUCCUCCACCCACACCCACCCAGAGGGCCUCCACAGCAGACUCAAUGGGCUCCUCAGGGCGGAGGGGGAGCUGGGAGUCAAGGACAGGGUUAGAGGUCAUGUAGGUCAUGUUAUUCCUCACAGUGCCCCCCAUCCUCCUCAUCAGGCCCCUCCCCCUCUCUUCCCCAACCCAAAAGAGGUCAAACAGGAACAGGAAGAGGUGUGGUCGGACAGCGAGCACAACUUCCUGGACAGUGACAUCGGCGGGGUGGCGGUGGCUCCCUCCCACGGUUCCAUCCUGAUCGAAUGCGCCCGCCGAGAGCUCCAUGCCACCACCCCCAUCCUCCGGCCCGACCGCAGCCACCCCACCCGCAUCUCCCUGGUCUUCUACCAGCACAAGUCCCUCAAUGAGCCCGACCACGGCUUGCACAUGUGGGAGGCCAAGAUGGCCCGGAGGGAGCGGGAGAGAGAGGAGGAGGCUGAGAGGCUGGGGAUGGGCCUAGACCUGGAAGAGGUUAGCCCGGUCAAGGGGAAGAGGGGGAAUGGGGCCGGCGGUGAGAGUGUGGAGCCUGAGGAGGUAGAGGAGGAGGGCCCGGAGGAGAAGAAGGGUGUGUUGACGGUUCCUACCCGGAAGGCGGUGACUGUCCCGCGGGAUGGGGUGGUCACUGUUUCCCCUUAUGCUCUGACACAGGUCACGGGCCCUUACAACCGCUGGACAUGAGAUGAUACUGUUAUGUACACACACACACAGACACAUACGACAAAUAUAUUUCAACACACACCACCAUACACACACACACACACACACCACCCUGUGCUACUGCCUUACCUCAAUCAACAUUACACUUCUAGUCUCGUUAGGUGUUUUUUUAUUGUGUUACUUUUUCUAAUGUAUGUCUGUUUAUUUUUGUUUCUCUUUGUUUCUGAUUUUAAAGUGAUGAGGAAGACUAUCGUUUGUGGGGUUUUAACUGUGAGUUUUGGUAUUUGAUGAUAAAACAUUUUGGUCUGGUUUUUCAUGUAAAGAGAUGGUGCUCAGAACCAAUUUUUUAAACUGGUUUUAUAUAGGAAUUGAUUAAUAAGAACAAACAAGAUGUGAUUAUUUAUUCUGAUUAUUUUUGUAUAUUUUUUGGUGCAAGGCUAUUUACUGCAAUUUUACUGUCAACCAGCAUUUUACACUAGUAAACACUCAUGUUAAGUCUCUGUGGUCUUUGUUUCAACCAAGAGUGCUCUUUUCACAAGAUGAGUUUUAUCAAUGAUUGAUUUAUAUAAAGGUGCCAUUUGUAGCAGCAACUUUUGAUAAACAGACCACAUAUUACACAUUUGACACAGUAUGUAGUUUUAUGUGAAAAUAAUGAACACAUGUAGCAUGGUGCUUUUCCUUCCCUUCCCCGUUCCUCUAUUGGUGGUCAUGAAGGAACAGUACUUCCCCGUUCCUCUAUUGGUGGUCAUGAAGGAACAGUACUUCCCCGUUCCUCUAUUGGUGGUCAUGAAGGAACAGUACUUCCCCGUUCCUCUAUUGGUGGUCAUGAAGGAACAGUACUUCCCCGUUCCUCUAUUGGUGGUCAUGAAGGAACAGUACUUCCCCGUUCCUCUAUUGGUGGUCAUGAAGGAACAGUACUUCCCCGUUCCUCUAUUGGUGGUCAUGAAGGAACAGUACUACCUUCGUUUUUGUUUUGGUCUGGAUAGUUUUAGUCUUUUUGUUCAGUGUAUAUGAUGACAUAUUGAAAAAGCACUUUUUUAUUUUUCAUAACUUGAAAAAGGUCCUGUUCCAAUAUGUACAGAUCGAGAGAUAUAUCAGACAGCUUGUGUGAAACCUCUUCUCCUCUUUAUUCAGUAGUUCUGUGUUUAUUUGUUGUUGUUUUUUUGUCGUAGAAUGAUAAAUUACAUAUCAGUCUCACACAAAACCAAGCUUACCAAGCAAUUAUGAAAUGCUGCAUAUAAAGAUUGUCAGAUUACGGUGCUUAUUGUGAACCGCACUUGAUUUAUAUGAAUCUGGAUAAUCAUGUUUGUUCACUGUCUUCUAGAGUGUUUUAAAUAGGACAUGUUUUUAUACAGACAUAGCUAAAAAGACCACAUAAAACCUGUUUAAAUGGUGACUAUAUUAAUGUAUAUUUGUUACUGGUGCUAACAAGAUCUGUACCCUCUUUUUAACUGACUAGGGCAUUGAUUGACAGUUAUCUUUUUCCAUAUGCUGGGUAUAAAUACAUUAUACAAGUGGAUACCAAACCAAUCAAACCCCUUUGUUGUUUCUCAUUGCCUCCUCUUCAAUUUUUGGGAGACGCUGCUCUGACAAAAUAACACACUCCUCAGAUCGUUGCACCUCCUCAGAUCAUUGCAUCAUCAUAAAUUGUAGGCUUAUCACGUAUUGAGUCAGACAGUAGACCUCUACAGAUUAUAAACCUUCUUCUGAUAGGGGCAAACAUUUUGAGUAGUAAUUCAUGCUCACAUUAGUCAAUCAUAACCAUGUAAUAAUAGGCCCAUUCACUAAUACUCAGUGCUUUGCCGGGGUAGGAGCGAACUGGAGCUGAAUACCGGCACCUCAAAUGUUCAACAGCUUGAGCUCCUGUUCCUCUUAUAGACUAUUAGAUCAAAAGUAUUGUGGAGCUCCUACAAAAUACAUAUUAACAGUACCGGCACCCAAAAGGGGUACCGACACCUAGUGCAGUCCAAGUCAAGCACUGCUACUAAUGUAAUGGAUUAGGUAUCUGUUGUAUUGAUUUGUCUUAGCAUAUGCUGAAUCUAAAUCAGCUCAACGCAGAUAAACAUUUCACUGGUGCUUUCAUUUUAGUAAUACACAGAGCUGGAAAUGUUUGUUUGUUUGGUUUUUGUCAUCUUUUUUUUCUGUUGUUUUUCUCUUUGUUUCUCAGGUGUGAGUGAGGUUGUUAAUUUACCCAGUCUUCAACCCAACUAGGGCAUUACCCAGGCUUCAGCCCAACUAGGGCAAACACAGUCUACUAAAAAACUCUGUCUUCCAAUAAUGUCUUUAACAGAUUCACAAAGUCAAACCAUAUACUUAGACCUUUCCUAAGAGAUAAGUAUAUUGACACAUAGAUUGAAUACAUUUUAUACAAAGUAGAAAGGUAUAUACAGUACAUAUAUAGUCUAUUACAUUAUAUUGAAUGUAGGCCGUUGCAAGUUACUGAUGUGGUAGAAAACAGUCACUUAAAAAUGUUUCCACCUUUACAUAAGACAGUUUGUAAGAAAAAUAUGAUCCUGUAAACUUUUGUAAUUGCUUCACUUGAAGAUUUCUCGGAUCUUCCUUUAUGUGUGACUUGAAAAAUGUAACUUACAUUAAGGAGGAAAAACUAGCACCAGCAUUUAAAACUCAAGGUUUUUAUUGGAAUAAAACUAUAUAAAAUACACAUGUGAAACUGACUGUUUUUACUGUACUAUUCAUGGUUUGUAGAUAACGAGCAGUCUUGCUAUUUUGAAAUUGAUUGCCAAAAUUACUGUACAUAACUGAAAGGUGUGUAUAUCAAUUUGACAGACUUGAAAAAAAUAGUAAAUUCAGCAUUCCUGUCAAUGGCUGCCCUCUGAUUUUGAAAUAAAGAUGUAUUUAUAUUUUGGA